CUCCUGCGCUGGACUUGAGGAAGGGGGUCGAAAAUGAGAUGACAGUCUCCGUUCUCCACCCCCUCUUCCCCGCCCCGUGUGACACCGGCAUCAGAGCGGAGACUUCAGGGAGAUCAGAGCCCAGCUUGCCAGGCACUGAGCUAGAAGUCCCACCAUGGCACCCCUGAGACCCCUUCUCAUGCUGGCCCUGCUGGCAUGGGUUGCUGUGGCUGACCAAGAGUCAUGCAAAGGCCGCUGCACUGAGGGCUUCAAUGCUGACAAGAAGUGCCAGUGUGAUGAGCUCUGCUCUUACUACCAGAGCUGCUGCACAGACUAUACGGCUGAGUGCAAGCCCCAAGUGACUCGUGGGGAUGUGUUCACUAUGCCGGAGGAUGAGUAUGCGAUCUAUGACGACGGUGAGGAGAAAAACAAUGCCACCAUCCACGAACAGCCGGAGGGCUCCUCCCCGAGCCCUGACCUCCAGGCCCAGCCUGAAGGGAAUCCUGAGCAGGCAACUGUUCUGAACCCUGAGGAAGAAUCCCCUACACCUGAGGUGGGCAUCUCUAAGCCCAAGGGGACGGACUCAAGGCCCGAGACCCUUCCUCCAGGGACCCCUGAGCUCCCAGCAGAGGAGGAGCUAUGCAGUGGGAAACCCUUCGACGCCUUCACCGACCUCAAGAACGGUUCCCUCUUUGCCUUCCGAGGGCAGUACUGCUAUGAACUGGAUGAAAAGGCAGUGAGGCCUGGGUACCCCAAGCUCAUCCGAGAUGUCUGGGGCAUCGAGGGCCCCAUUGAUGCCGCCUUCACCCGCAUCAACUGUCAGGGGAAGACCUACCUCUUCAAGGGUAGUCAGUACUGGCGCUUUGAGGAUGGUGUCCUGGACCCUGAUUACCCCCGAAAUAUCUCUGAUGGCUUCGAUGGCAUCCCAGACAAUGUGGACGCAGCAUUGGCCCUCCCUGCCCAUAGCUACAGUGGCAGGGAGCGGGUCUACUUCUUCAAGGGGAAACAGUACUGGGAGUACCAGUUCCAGCACCAGCCCAGUCAGGAGGAGUGUGAAGGUAGCUCCCUGUCGGCUGUGUUUGAGCACUUUGCCGUGAUGCAGCGGGACAGCUGGGAGGACAUCUUCGAGCUUCUUUUCUGGGGCAGAACCUCUGCUGGUAUGAGACAGCCCCAGUUCAUUAGCCGGGACUGGCAUGGUGUGCCAGGGCAAGUGGACGCAGCCAUGGCUGGCCGCAUCUACGUCUCAGGCAUGGCACCCCACCCCUCCUUGGCCAAGAAGCAAAAGUUUAGGCGUCGCAACCGCAAAGGCUACCGUUCAGACCGAGGCCACAGCCGUGGCCGCAACCAGAACUCCCGCCGGCCAUCCCGCACCAUGUGGCUGUCCUUGUUCUCCAGUGAGGAGAGUAACUUGGGAGCCAACAACUAUGAUGACUACAGGAUGGACUGGCUUGUGCCUGCCACCUGUGAACCCAUCCAGAGUGUCUUCUUCUUCUCUGGAGACAAGUACUACCGAGUCAACCUCCGCACACGGCGAGUGGACGCUGUGGACCCUCCCUACCCACGCUCCAUCGCCCAGUACUGGCUGGGCUGCCCAGCUCCUGGCCAUCUGUAGGAGGCAGAGCCCACAAGGCUGGGCCCGCUGUAGCUCCCUCCUCCAAUCUCCUUCCCCCAGCCCAAUAAAGGUCCCUGAGUUUAAGACUA